AACCUUAUCUUCACCACGCUCGUCGUCUCUUCAUUUCUAGCUGCUAAAAGGGGAGGAGAGGGAGGGGGGGAGAGAGAGAGAUGGUGUCGCUGAAGCUACAGAAGAGGCUUGCCGCCAGCGUUCUCAAAUGCGGUAGAGGCAAGGUCUGGCUCGAUCCCAAUGAAGGCAACGAAAUCUCCAUGGCCAACUCUCGGCAAAACAUAAGAAAGCUGGUUAAGGAUGGUUUUAUCAUCCGGAAACCAACUAAGAUUCAUUCACGAUCUCGUGCACGCCGGAUGAAGGAGGCCAAGAGAAAGGGCCGUCACUCUGGAUAUGGUAAGCGCAAGGGUACAAGGGAAGCAAGGUUGCCGACAAAAAUCUUGUGGAUGAGGAGAAUGAGGGUCCUUAGGCGCUUGCUUCGCAAGUAUAGGGAGUCAAAGAAGAUUGACAAGCACAUGUAUCAUGACAUGUACAUGAGGGUGAAGGGUAAUGUUUUCAAGAAUAAACGUGUGCUGAUGGAGAGCAUCCACAGAUCCAAGGCUGAAAAGGCUAGAGAGAAGACCUUGUCUGAUCAGUUUGAGGCUAAGCGUGCAAAGAACAAAGCAAGCAGGGAAAGGAAGAAUGCCAGGAGGGAGGAACGUUUAGCCCAGGGACCAGGAGAGAAACCACAACAGCCGGCAGCAGCGCCUCCUGCCCAACCCACUCAGAAAUCUACGAAGUCAAAGAAGUGAUAUCUUUGAAUGUGUGCAUUAAAGGAUUAGUGACUCCAUAUUGUCUAGCUGUUUUUUGUCCCCGUGUUUUGUUUUUGGUGUUUCCUUUCUAUGGAACGUUUUUCGUCUGGAUGAAAGGAAUAAAUUAAUAUCUUGAUACUAUGUUUCAGUUGAGUUUGUUUUGUUUUCCGUUUUGUUGGUUUUAAUUUCCACAAUCAAUGCAUUUCUCUUUAUCUAGUUUUUGGUUGAGGGGGAUGUUUGGUGUGAAUGUUGGCAGGAUGCAAUUGUGCAUCUGAAUGCAUGUGCCACUGGUUGGGCGGAGCAUUGGUGUCGAGCUCUCUUUAGGUCACUUAUAUUGCCAUUUCAUGCUCUGUUGAGUUUCCAAUAAACAAAAUUGAU